CUUCUCGAAUUAUUUGAGAGUGAAGAUCCCCGAGAACGAGAUUUGGUCAAGACCAUUUUGCAUCGCGUCUAUGGGAAACUUCUUGGAAUACGUGCUUUCAUACGUAAACAGUUUGGAAAUAUUUUUUAUAACAUAAUCAACGGUUUCAUGGUGCCUCUGAAAGAGGAGCAUAAACAGUUUCUGAUGCGCGUUCUGCUCCCAUUGCAUAAAGUGAAAUCCGUGAGCAUGUAUCACGCCCAACUUGCCUAUUGUGUAAUCCAGUUUUUGGAAAAAGACUCUACUUUGACACAACCGGUGAUUCUCAGUUUGCUCAAAUUCUGGCCCAAGACUCACAGUCCCAAAGAGGUGAUGUUCCUCAACGAGCUUGAGGAAAUUCUCGAUGUGGUUGAUCCAGCCGAAUUUCGCAAGAUCAUUAAACCUCUGUUCACACAAUUGGCCAAAUGCGUCUCAUCACCUCAUUUUCAG